AUGGCGUGUCUUGUGGCAGCAUCCACCAUGCUGAAACUCAUUGUGGGGAUCGUUCUGAAACCUGCACUGGCGGGCUUGAUGUCAGAUCUACCGCUCCCGCGUUGUGAAGACUUCACGGACUUGAAGCUGUAUGUGUAUGACUUGCCUGAAUCUUUCAACGUUGACCUCUACGAGGAGCUGGAGAAGCGUGCAACUUCUUCGGGGAGCAAUUGCGAUUUCGUGCUCUCCCCCUGCGACGAAGAUCGGUGGGCUUUCAAAUAUUCUGUGGCGCGGCAGCGAGGGGAAGAAAUCAUCAUCCUCCGGAAGUUGUUCGCCGGACUUUCCUGCCCACAGGUGAAAGCUGCAAGUCCUGAAGAUGCUGAUGUCUUUGUUGUGCCGUACUUGGCCGGGCUGGAUUGCUUCCUCGGUGGACACAUGUUGCGCUGUCCUACAAGGGCAAACCAGCAAGCGUCAGAUCUUUUCUCGCUCUUGGCGCAUUAUUCACCUGCCACUCGGCAUCGCCACCUGUUCAUUGCAACAGCCGAUAUUCACAGUCUCCCUUUGCAAUUACAGGCGCAACCUCUCCUUAUUUCCCAUGGAACGACAUGGGGUGCGCCAUCGGGCUAUCUGGUGUCCCCCAGUGCCGUGACAAAUGUCGUUGCGCAAUCUGAUCUGCCUAGCCGUGCCUCGUCAGCCCCUGUUCUGUUUUGGCUGGCUGCUUCCCCAACAAACGUUUACAGACGGGCUCUCUUUGCCUUCCUGGAGCAAUUCAAUGCCUCACUUUCUGACUCCGAACACGGAGGACAGCUUCACCGAGCAGGCCGAGUGGUCAUGCACAGGUUGGAGCGGCUGCAAGACCAUCCUGCACCGCGGCAGUUUUCUGAGGAACUUCAGCAAGCGGCCUUCUGCCCGGUCCCCCCUGGCGAGACCUCCGGAGGCAUUAAGCGGCUCCUGGACGCGCUGCUGUCGGGCUGUCUGCCGGUGGUCAUCGUCUUCCCAACCAGCCUGGGGAGUGGGAGGAGCUGGUGGCGCGCUGAGGGCCCUCCCGUGGAGUGGAGCUUGCCCUUUCCAUGGGAGAUUGACUGGCAGAGACUGGUGGUAGAAGUUUCGGAGGCAGACUUCUGGCAGGGCCGCUUGGUGCCUUCCUGCCUGAAUUUAUCCAGCCAGGAGGAGCUGGAAAAGCGCAAAUAUAUUGCAGAGGUGCGCGACUUUCUGCGGUAUGACCUUGCUGGAGGCAGCAGAGAUGCUUUCAGUCUACUCAUGGAUGGUGUCCGCUUGGCACUUGCAAGCUUGAAUGGACAUGGCGCUCAAGUCUGUUAUAAUACUCCUCGGUUGGCUUCACCACGCCGGGUGUUUCUAGAUGACGGAGACUCUAUUCUUGAGAAGGGCUGGUCGCAUGCUUUUUCGGAAAUCUCUUGUUUUGUUCCCUCUUCUUGGAAGCCAGCGGCUGCGUUCUACAACGCGACCACCCAGGAUCCAGUCGUGUUUGAACAGUAUGCCGUCACACACUACGCGAGAGGCUUUGGUGAUAUUCUUGCUGCAGGAUCUGUGUACGACUACGCGCGGACGGAUGCCACAGUUACUGAUCUAGCAGAACAGAAACAUACACUCUCCACAUCCAUGUUUGCCUUGUGCUUUGCCGAUCCCCCUGAAGCAUGCCACGGCGGCGAUAAACCGGAGCCUUGCGCCACAAGCACAGCUCCCCCUUCUUCAACGCGUUGCCGGUUGCUGGCUGAUGUAAUGCCCUUUCCGAACCACUUGGCCACACGAAAGGUGCAGAUGGAGCUCGUUACGACAGCAUGCAGGGAGAGGGAGCAUGAGCGAGGGGCCCUCGCAGACCCAGACCAAGGGAGUGGCAUAAGCAUCCAAUUCAAGGAGCUCGUCGUCCACGAGGCAGUGUACAAGUCCUGUGACGAGGAGUUCGAUGCUGGCCCUGGCGGUAGCGGUAGCGGCGGCAAGAGCAGCACGUGGCUGCUGCUCGAGCAUGCCCUGGCACGGCUGUACCAAGUUCGUGACGGCAUGCGCGUUCCCGAUUUGCUUCUUCUGGUUGUGCCAUCGGAUUCUGCGCGCUUGCGAAGUCUUUUGGAGCAAUUCGUGGAGCGAUUUGCAUCUCGGAGUCUUCGAGAAGCUGCGACCUCCGACUGGCUCUAUGUUGUGGAAAGCCCUCCCUCAGGACUGUCCUGGUCAUGUGACGGCCACCAGUUCAUGUCAAUCGGCUGCCACACGGAAGUCUUUCCCGAGGCGCUGAUCUUUCCAACUGAGCUGCUGCGACGAGCGCGAGCUCCGAACUUUGAGGCAGCCACUUCGUUGAGGAUGACUUCGGAUCCACGAGAUCCGCUGAUGCUCGUCAUGGCUAUCUUGAUGGACAUGGGGGGUGUGGAUCUCAUUCAUGAAGGGCUGCCUUACGAGCCUGGUUCCAAAGAUGACCCGGGGCUGUCCGACGCUGUGCGUGCCUACGAGUCCUUCCAAGGCAUCGACCACUUCUCUUGGGACCACUUGGAAAGCCGGGUCGCGUGUUUGCAUCAUCGCGGGUUCUUCUACCUCUUCGACUGGAAGCACGCGGAGACCCUUGCAGACCAGACGGAGGAGUCUCGACACCUAUUGAUUAGCGCGCUUGGGCGGCUCACGGACAAGGAAUGGGACCAAGUUGCAGUUCUGGGGGUUUGCAUCCCGGGAGAUCUGUCCUUUACGUUUCAGGACAAGCUGGAGAUAGGCUGGCACCAGCUACUGAAACACAUCGUCAACCUCCCACCAAACUUUUGGGAGAUGCCAAUCCCCAAGCUCGCGACGAUCAUUGAGUUGUAG